AUGGAAAUUAUGAGAUUAUUCAAUUAUAUGAUCUGGUGAUAAAUCACCCUAUCUGAUAGAUUCUGCAGUGAUAAAGUGUUCACAUGUGCUUUUGGGCGUCCUGGCGUUUUUUUUCAAUUUGUACAACCUUUCAUUUUGGUAAUGAACUACUUACCACAUUUCUUUGGGGCACUGAUUCUUUUUUUCCAUCCAAAUAUUCUGCUUUUUUGUAAUAGGAAGAAGAAAUACAAAAUGCAACGAGUCCAAGAAGAAGAGUCUCACGUUGGGUAUACUCCUCCUCCUCCUUAUACUUUGGUCGACCAACAUACCCAUAAUUGCAAUAGCAAUAAUAAUAUUAUUAAUAAUAAUACCAACAAUAAUAAUAAUCCGACUCAACAACAGUAUCACUCCCAAAACCCUUACCCUGCCACUGUCAUCCCUCCAGACGCUGAUUUUCGUCUUGCUCAAAAACUUCAAGAUGAAGAAUAUGCUCAAGCUCAAGCUCAUUGGGUAGAUACAAACCCGCAGCAAGAUUAUUAUUCAAAUGUUCGUUCUGGAGAAACAUCCAUUAGCACCAAUUUACCUAGAGCUCCAAUGCCACCAAUACCUGAACAUUAUCAAUAUAAUCAUUAUCAAUCAUAUCAAAGUGAACAAAAUUAUCAACAUUCAGGUGAAUCGCAAUAUCCAAUAGUUUACGCUUCACCAAAUCAACCACCAUUACCAUAUCAAACUUCCCCAUAUGCAAAUAAUUGUGCAAGUAAUGGAGUUAACGGACAGGCGUGUUACGGGAGUAUGAAUCAAGGAUAUUAUCAUUCAUCACAAUCACAUCCAUUCUACAACGCUCCUUAUCACAAUUAUCAACAAAUUCCUCAACGAGAAGUGGAGGAGGAUAAUUCAAGUUGUUUUUCUGGAUUGUAUGAUCAGUUUUUUAUUAUUUCAGUUUGUGUGAUAAUAGUUUUAUACAUUUUAAAAUAUUAUUAUGAUUUCGAUUUUAAUUUUGAUACUUGAGAAGAAUAAUUAGUUGUUUAAGGGGAAAAUGGGGUGUUUUUUUUUUUUGUGAAAAAUUAUUAUCAAUAUUGAUUAUUGGCUGGACAAAUUUCUCACAAUUGCUCUUUUUUUUUUCUCUCUUUUUUUUUCAAUUCUUCGCCAUUCUUCACCAUUCUUCACCAAUUGGGGUGGGAUUAUUAUUGAAAUCAUCAGUGCUCUAGCGUCGCUCUUGUGCU